GACUCAUGACUCAUAGUGAGUAUGAAAGACAGGGUUAAUAAUGUUCACUCCAGCCAUCACCUUGUGCAGUCAAUCAGUUCAACAAGUAGGAUAACAUCUUGAGGAGUGUCUGAUGUUGGUGGAAUCGGGUGUGCAGGGUUAAAGACCUUGGCCACAGCAGCGGCGUUCAGUGGGCGUGGCAUUUAAAGGGCUGCGCGAGUGAGCUGUACGGUGCGCAGGAUGGGCCAAUCAUCAUCCAGCAGUAACGGCGCAGCACUCGCGAGCUCCUCACGAGCGCGCGUGCAAGGAGUUUUUUGUUCUUCACCUGCCCGUGACCGGUUAGACGAGAAUCCGAUGAAAACCAAGGAGCUGCAAUCUGUUCAGAAGUGCUGGCGGGACGAUUUCAAAGAGGGGAAGACUUCAGUGGACGUAAGAGUACACGAGCCGAAAAAGCUUCUUUUAAAAGCGACUUCUUCCGGCAAUCAGCAUGCAACCGAAAACUUGAUCCUUCUGAGUCGGGACGCCAACUUUGAAAGUUCUGAUUCCCAAAGCGGACAGAAAGGAGUAGCGUUCCGCGAGGAAAACCAUGAGUGUUGCGUCUCACCGUGGGACAUGGAAAGCGUGUCAGAAGGAGGUGCCGUGACUCCAGGCAGAGUUUCGGAGGAAAAUGUGACCCAGUGCUUGAACGCACCGGACUUUUUAGUAGACUUCAGUUGCUCGUCUCCGUUAGCCAAACAUAAAAUAACCAAAAGUACUUCGCAACCCUCCGUGUCAGGCCGGCUGGGUGGAGAAACGGAGCAACAAGCCUCAAACCCCUUCCCUAGGAUUAUUCCCAAACUAAUAGUGACCCAUGAUGAUUUAGGUCCUGUUCAGGACAGUCCGCACAUCAGUGACUUUACUUUUAGCAUGGGCGGCUAUUCGCUGGACCUGCAUCCCGAUGAGGACUCUCCCUGCUCGGACAGCGGCUGUGGAGGCUCCCCGGCGCCCUUUCUGUUCCACAGGAAACUGUCCAGCUCCUCAUCCGCUGGAUUGUCCUCAGCCUCGUCGUUUGAGGAGUCCGAGGAUGAUUUCACGGGCAGCGACAUUGAGCCCAGUCUGUCCCCCAGCAUGAUCGGCUGUCCCGAUGAACUCAAAGGGGCUAAAUCGUGGAGGAAGUUAAAGACUAUGGUGCAUUGCUCUCCAUUUGUGGUUUCGUUUAAGAAAAGAUAUCCUUGGGUUCAGCUGGCAGGCCACGCAGGUAAUUUCCAAGCAGGCGAGAAUGGGAAACUACUGAAGAAGUAUUGUGAAUGUGAGCAGCAGUGUCUCGAGAAGCUGAUGAAUGACAUCCUCCGGCCGUUUGUUCCUGGCUACUAUGGUAUUGUGCAGCAGAACGACCAGGAUUACAACCUAAUGGACGAUCUGCUGACCGACUUCGACUCCCCUUCAAUCAUGGAUUGCAAGAUGGGAAGCAGGACAUACCUAGAAGAAGAGCUGGUGAAGGCCCGCGAGCGUCCUCGUCUUAGGAAGGAUAUGUAUGAGAAAAUGGUAGCUGUGGACCCAGGAGCACCUAGUCCGGAGGAAAGAGCCCAGCAGGCCGUUCUCAAACCUCGAUACAUGCAGUGGAGGGAAACGCUGAGCUCAACCGCCACUCUUGGCUUCCGCAUAGAGGGCAUCAGGAAGGCAGAUGGCACAUGCAACACCAGCUUUAAAAAAACCAAACAAAAGGAGCAGGUGAUGAAGGCCUUGAGGGACUUUGUGGAUGGAAACACACAGUUGCUGAGGAGUUAUCUGCAGAGGCUAGAGGAGCUGCGCAGCGCUCUAGAGACGUCCGAGUUGUUCAGGACACACGAGGUGGUCGGGAGUUCUUUGCUGUUCGUUCACGAUGCUUCAGGCCUGGCCCGAGUAUGGAUGAUUGACUUUGGUAAAACCGUCCCACUGCCCCCACCCCAGACCCUGGACCACCGCACACCCUGGGCCGAGGGAAACCGGGAGGACGGUUACCUGUGGGGUCUGGACAACCUCAUUGAGAUCUUUGGAGGCAUGCUGCAGGACGCCACCCCUCCCCCGCCCUGAUGCAUGCACAGAACACGCCUGAGCCCGGAGGAUCACGUGUAGGGACGCGCACAACAGGAUUUGAGUUCUGGACGAGUGUGCACCUGUGCUGUCGGAGAGAUAAAGUGCGAAGUGGAAAAACUCCAGAGUAUUUUGUCGACAAACUUUUUUUUUUUUUUUUGCACAUGUGAUCCUGCAGAUCCACAGAAGCUCCAUCAGCGUCAAAACACACUGAUACUGAACCCAAACAGACUCGAGGAGCAACAAAUGAGAAGAAACAAUAAUUUUAAGGGCGCACAGCCAUAAUUAUUCUUUUAAGAAUAUGAUAAGUUCACUUCUCUUUUUUUCUUUUCUUUUUUACCUACAAAUAUGAUAACACUAUCAAACUGGAAUGUGCUUUUUUGUUGUUUUUUCCUUGUAAAUGUUUCUGUGGGUUUCCCCGGUUAUGUAAAUAGUGCUAAUUUAAAUUUGUAUUUUUCUGUAGUGUAACCCAUACCUCAUUAAUUUCUGAAAGGUGGUCUUACUGCCAAACUACAGGCAGACUUUAAUUUCCUGUGGUCGUCUAAUCUUGAUAAUACUUGUGGUGUAUGAAAUUUCCAUGACCCGUAUGUCCUGUUGAAUUUUGCAGAAUGUUAUCGCCUCUUAAACAGUUCAGUCAGCAGAUGUUAUACUACUAAACAGUUAACAUAUUGGCUUUGUAAGAAAUAAGGUAGUAGUUUGUGCAAACAACUAACUGCCCAAGACAUUGAGGACAGUUAAACCCCACAAAGAUAGUAGUUUAUUGAUGAGAAAUGGAUGCAGUGUUUCUUAAAACUAGCCUCGACACAAGCUAACUGGUACGACUGAUAAGUGUUAUUCACAUGUAGAUGAAACGGUUUGUUCACACUUGGUUUUUAAGAUAACUCAUCAGUAAGUGACCUGUUUGCAUUGUUAGUCAUGCGUUUCGGUUUCUAGCUUAGCCAAUUUCAUGCAAGUUUAGAAUAGGUUUGAGAGGUUAACCAUCUUUAUCUGGAUCAACGACUAUUAACCUGAUUUGUUUUCUGUAAAUAAAUUUGUUUUGUGAGCUUUUGUGUUGGUACACAGCAGAAUGACCUCCGACCUCAGCUCUUUCCACACCAGAGCUUCAUCGUGAUCGUAUCAGCUUAUUUGCAUGAAGAACAAAUCUGAUGGUUGAUCUCUCAAUCUUUGGCGGAAAAUUUCUUUCGGUGUAGAAGCAGAUUGUAAGCGUCAGGGCCACUGAUGUCGUGUUGUUGUUGUGACACAUUAGUUCUCUAAUUACGUGCUGUGGUCAGCUAAAAAAAAGUCAAAGCAAAAUGUUUUCCCAUCAUACUUCUUGUUUGCUUCGUUUCAGAUAUAGUCGUAAAAAGAUAACACCUUCUUGCACAAUAUUACAACUGUGACAUUAAAGUGAUUACCUCACCUGGACGCAACGGGAUGUUCUACCACUCUCUCUCUCUCUCUCUCUCUGUGUGUGUGUGUGUGUGUGUGUGUGUGUGUGUGUGUGUGUGUUUCUGUCAGCCUCAGAGAUUGUAUUUUCCGUCUCGAACGGACAUGCACGAUGUCUGCUGGUGUGUCUGUCAGCGUUCCAACACAGCAUUCCCAUCUGUCAGUAUUUCCUUGCGGAAACGUAAUGUCUCCCAUUCCUUUAGAGAUCCACUGCAUUGUUUACGGUUUAUACAAAUUAUUGUGUGUCAUUCAGAUUGUUGAAAUUGGUUUUUCGCUACUGUACUGCAUGUUUUAGGUGACAUGGAAAGAGAACUGGAACAUAUGUGUGGUGUUGUUGUUGUCUCUGCCCAUUUAAUACAGUUUUAGACAACAGUUUAACUGCAAUAGGGAGAAGCUGAGCAUCUGUACUCGCAUCACCUUGAAUCUUAGUCUUGAAAGCCAACUAAAUAACACAAUAAACCCGAACUGUUAUUGUUUAA